UAACAGGGAAUGCAAAGCAUUAGUAACUGAGAUUUGAUUAAUUAAGCCAACUUAACAUAGUAGCAUCGAACACGAUUUGUUUCCUUCCUUGUGUUGUUGUGCCUCCCCACAUCUCACGGCUCACGCUGCAUCUGACUCUCACUUCUCAACUAAUCAACCAUGGUGAUUUAGAAACGCACGUUUUCAGCACCCUUCGACAAUGGCAAUGGUAGCUGCUGCACUCUUCACUCUCUUCUCGCUCUUACCGCCACCGACCUCCGCCGCCGCCGCCGUAGCAGCACCUUGUGAGUUCAGUUUCCUCGACGGAAACAAGCUUUACAAUUACACCCUCUCCUCUCCCAUUCGCAACUUCCCUCACGGCGUCCUCAGUGAAGACGGAUUUUACAAAGUGGCUGUGAACCAGACAACCCUUUGGUUUCAGCUUUGCGAUGGAAUGGUUUUCAAUCAUGACCCUCCAACUUGUGCUGACUGCUGGGAUUGUGGAGGGCCAACGCGUUGUGGAAUGGAGUGCAAUGCACUUCUGGCAAACAAUAUUGGAGGUUAUCAUGUAUGCACAGCCAUAGGUCUUGGCUCAAAAAUUGAUGUUGAAGUCAUUGAUAAGAAAAAUCCCCACAUUGGUGUUAUUGUCAAAAUGUCGAGCAGUAGCCCUAAGUACAACUGUUCGCUGGCUGUGUCUGUGCUUUGCAAUGUAAACAGAGUACAAGCACCGCACACUCUGGAGAAAUUAGGGGCUUGUAAUUAUGCUACAGAGAUAAAGCAUCCAUCUGGUUGUGCUACCAUUGUAAGUGUCCAUGGGAGAGGGUGGGGGUGGUUUGGCACCUUAAUAACCAUUAUUCUGUGCCUUUUUGCUGCAUAUCUACUGGCUGGUAUUGCUUAUCGGUUCUUCCUCGGGAUUCGUGGUAUAGAUGUUAUCCCUAACAUGGACUUCUGGAUGAGCUUGCCAAGGAGAACACAGGGUCUGUAUUCAUCUUUGGUGAGGAAGUUCAAGGGACCAUCUGAAGGUCACCGGAGCUCCUAUUCUCCUGUGAACUUUUGAUAUUAUGUUUUUGAUUCUGGAUUUAUCUGGUGAAUUCAUACGGAUCAUCUGAGGCCUGAGAUGAACACACUGCAGAAAAAUACAGAUGACUCACUUUUCAGAUGUCCUACGGUCAGCUCUGAUGCUUCCUUGAUAAGGGACAUUCUUCAGAAAUCUGUAAUUCUUGUGCUUACUCUCCCUCCAUGAAUUUAAUAUUUCACUCUUUUUUACGUUUUUUUUAUAAGCUCACUCUUUUUUACGUAUCUUUGAAAAAAGAAGAGGGAAAAGAAAAGGUAAAACAAAAUGAAAGUCUAGUGUAAUUCUUGUGGAAAAAAGAGCACUAUAAUGGAGCCAAUCCAAUAGUUUUGGUUGACAUUCGUCAGUUGAUAAUCAGGUAGUUAGACUGAUUUUUUGUGUAGCUCUUUUGUUAAUUUGAUCAUUAAUUCUUUUUUUUUUCUCUUCA